AAACUCUCAAGUCUUUCUUCCAAGUUCCCAAUUUUGACUUAAGGGGUGUCCUUUCUUGCUCCUUCUUUCUCUCUCGAGUGAAUCUCAAACAUUUUCCAGUUGACUCACUUAUUCAUAUUGCUGAUAUUGAUUCUUGGUGUCCAUCAAGAUUGCUUUUUUAACUCCUUUUUUGGCUUGCACACAAUUGGUCAGUGAGUUUUUUUGAAACCAUAUACAUCUUUUGCUGCUUCUUGAUUUUACAACUAGUUUUUAGUUCAGAUUUGUGUGUUUUCUGUUGAGUAGUAUUUUGGUUUUGGUUUGUUGAAAGUUUGCUGAAGCAAACAAUGGAAGUUCACUUCUUCAAGAAUCCAGAUUGAUUUUUGUUCUUUGAGUUUCUUGUGUACAUUGCUUAUAUAUUGCUGAAAUUAACGUAUACUAUAAUAUUUUGGUUGUGGAAGUGGUUUGAGAUUUGAAAUUUAGUAGUGGGGUUUAUGUUAAAGUACUAGUUUUUCAGUUGGUUUUGGCAAAUUUUGAGUAAUUUCAUGAUGACCAUGAUGGAAAAAGGUGUUGAACACUUGAUAUCUGCUAGGAAGUCUUUGAGGGUUAAUUUGGAGAAAUCAAAAGCCUUAGGUUUAUCUCUUGAAAAAGAUGGCCCUAGAUUAGUUGAGAUUAACCAGAGAUUGUCUUCUUUGGAGGCUGCAAUUAGGCCAAUUAGGGCUAAAAGUGAUGCUCUUGUUGCUGUUGUUGGACAUAUUAAUCGUGCUGUGUUACCUGCCACUGCUGUUCUUAAAGUUUUUGAUGCCAUUCAUGGGCUCGAAAAGUCGUUAUCUGAUCCUGAAUCUGACCUCCCUGGGUACCUUAGUGUGAUCAGGAGGCUUAAAGAGGCGUUAAGAUUUUUAGGGGAGAAUUGCGACAUGGCAAUUCAGUGGUUGGCGGAUAUUGUGGAGUACCUAGAGGACCAUAGUGUUGCUGAUGGAAAGUUUAUUUCAAGUUUGAAGGAGGCAUUGACUUCUCUAAGGGAGCUGCAUAGUGGGAAGGAUGGGGUCCACCUUGACGGAGGACUUCUUGAGGUUGCGUUAGAUAGAUUGGAAAAUGAAUUUAGGCGGUUGCUGACUGAAAAUAGUGUACCGUUGCCAAUGUCUACUCUGGACUUGCCAGGUGAACAAGCCUGUAUAGCUCCGUCCCCGCUGCCCGUUGCUGUUAUAAAGAAGCUACAGACUAUACUUAGCAGAUCGGUUGCCAAUAACAGGGUUGAAAAGUGCGUGGAAAUCUAUGUUGAGGUACGGAGUUCUAAUGUCAGGGCAAGUUUGCAGGCACUUAAUUUGGAUUACCUCGAGAUUUCAGUCUCCGAGUUGAAUGACGUGCAGAGCAUAGAGGGCCACAUUGGUAAUUGGGGUAAGCAUCUAGAGUUUGCUGUGAAACAUAUUUUAGAGGCCGAAUAUAAACUCUGUAACGAUGUGUUUGAAAGAUUAGGGUUGGAUGUGUGGAUGGGGUGUUUCGCAAAAAUAGCUUCCCAGGCAGGUAUUGUUGCGUUCCUUCAGUUUGGAAAAACUGUUGCAGAGAGCAAGAAGGAUCCGAUUAAGAUGUUAAAACUGUUAGAUAUCUUUGCAUCUUUAAAUAAGCUGAGAUUGGAUUUUAAUCGGCUCUUUGGUGGAGCUGCAUGUGCUGAAAUCCAGAAGUUGACAAGGGAUCUAAUAAAGCGGGUGAUUGAUGGGGCUAGUGAACUCUUCUGGGAACUUCAGGUUCAAGUUGAAUUGCAAAGGCAAAUGCCACCUCCUCCAGAUGGUAGUGUCCCGAAACUUAUCAUCUUUAUCACCGACUACUGCAAUAAGCUGCUUGGAGAUGAUUAUAAGCCAAUUCUCACCCAAGUUUUGGUAAUUGAAAGAAGUUGGAAGCGUGAAAUAUUUCAAGAGCGGCUUCUCUUUGAUGAGCUACUGAAUAUUAUGAGAGGUGUUCAGUUGAAUUUAGAGACAUGGUCCAAGGGAUACAAAGAUGAUACCUUGUCGUACGUGUUCUUGAUGAACAAUCAUUGGCAUCUUUAUAAGCAUCUGAAAGGCACAAAGCUCGGUAGUCUUUUGGGAGAUUCUUGGUUGAGAGAACAUGAACAGUACAAGGAUUACUAUCCUGCCGUCCUCGUGAGAGAGAGCUGGGCGAAGCUUCCUGCUCUAUUAAGCCGGGAAGGUCUUAUUCUCUUCUCUGGUGGGCGUGCCACUGCUCGUGAUCUUGUUAAGAAAAGAUUAAAAGCUUUUAAUGAAGCUUUUGAUGACAUGUAUAAGAAGCAGUCUAAUUGGGUCAUUCUUGACAAAGAACUAAGAGAAAAGACAUGCCAGCUCAUCAUUCAGACAAUUGUACCUGUUUACCGGAGUUACAUGCAGAACUAUGGGCCAUUGGUUGAACAAGAAGGAGGUUCCAAAUAUGCAAAGUACACGGCUCAGUCUUUGGAGAAAAUGCUGAAUUCUCUUUUUAUUCCAAAGCCUGUGAGACAUGGAAGUUUCAAAGUUCGAGUACCUAGUGGAAAAUUCAACAACAGUGUUGCAGAUCAGAAUCAGACUGCUAAUGUUAAGUAACUGUGAGCUUUUUAUCCUCAAGGCAAAGUUUGAUCUGUAAAAGAUUCGUCAAUUAGACCUAUUCAUUUUAUCUUAUGUAUUUACUCAUUCAUUUAUUCACAAACUAAGCAUUAGUACCAUCUCCUGAAUUGGUUGUAGCUGUCUUGUACAAUGGAUAAGUACAAAAUCAGAAAUUUAGCAACU